CCUUUUACUCUCUCUCUCUCUCUCUCUCUCUCUCUCUCUCUCUCAUUCUCUCUUUCUCUUUCCUCUCUCUCUCUCUCUCUCUCUCACAUGUUUAACGAGGCUGACUUGUCUCUCCGGCAUUGACUCGUUCUCAGGCGACAUACUCCGGUGAAGUCGCACAGCUAGAGAUCGGGUUUUGUGGUUGCUGGUUAAUGCUGCUGCUAGGGUUUGGUGUGCAAAAUUCAUGAAUUUUCUUCUAGAGUAGGAGAGAUUGGAGGCAGCUAGUUGAAGAGGAUGAACCCCCCUCAUAUGAAUUUGGGGAGGGAAUUUUUUAUGCCCCGGGAGAAUGGAGUCGUCGACAAUGGGGAUCCUUGGAUUCCAAUGACACCUCAAAGGCAGAUCUCGUCGAGACCCAAUCUUAUUCCUGCUGACAUGCAAGGGAAUUGGCAGGAACGGGUGUUAACCGCACCUCAUCUUGUUCCAUCUGACAUCCAGGGGAACCAGAUGAGCCCGCGGGAACCACAAAUGCCAAUUUUACCAGGACCCCCCAAUCUUGUUCCUGCUGAAAUGCAGCUCGGGAAUCAGCAGGAGGAGCUGCAGAGGCCAAUUUUACCAGGGCCAAAUGGUAUUCCAGCUGAAAUGCAGGGGAACCAGAUGGAGAAGGCGUCAAAUUGGAAGGAUCUGAUUGGUAUCUAUGAGCACCUCCUGCAAGACAGUGCUGAGGAUACAGGGAAAACUCAAAAUGUUAAUUCGGUGGAAAGAAUGGAUAAUACGAGAGCAUUCCAGAAUACAAAUUCUACGGUGCCAACAAAUUUGUACAAUAGGGAGCUUAAUCAUAAUUGGAAUAAUACCCUAGUUGAAAGCAGAAGUUAUAGUCAGAAUAUAGACUCGUAUGGACAAAAUCUAGGCCAUUCCAGUCCAGCUUGGAAUAACUGUAACACUCUAGCAGAAGUGUUUGGGAUGAGAAACUUGCAAACGGCACAUUGCUCAAAUGCAACACCCGACAAGAACACCUAUGCAACUGGUAAACCGAUUAGUACCAAUUCCUGUUCCCCAUUGGAAGGCAGCGGUUAUAGACAAUGUAACACAGCGAGCCCGAUGCUUCAGAAGCAAGCCCAUUCAAUGAGUUCAAGUGCAGCUUCUGAUGGUUACAACAGACAAUACCGACCACAUGGCGGUUUCUCUGUGCUGCAUCCUACCAGCUGCAAACUAUAUACACCAACCCUGGGCACUGCUGCAAGCUCUAGUACAGCAAGUCUUUACCAAUUUUCCCCGGUAACACCAGAUAAGGUGCAGCAAAUAAUGAUGCACCCACUAGAUACCGUUGAGGAAUUCUCAACUCCUGACAAGGAUAAGCAGGAAAGAAAUGUUGGGCUCACACUGAAUACUCCAGAUUCAUCAUCUGCAGCCAUAUCGCCACUGCAGAAGGAAUGCAACUCGGUAAGUGGAGGAAAUGGAGACAUUGACCUUAACAAGACACCCCAGCUGAAACCUCAGAAAAGACGGAAACACCGGCCAAAGGUGGUGGUGGAAGGGAAACCCAAAAGGAAACAAAGGACUCCUUCAACGAAAGGCAGUACACCCAAGGAGACUCCAUCUGGAAAAAGGAAGUACGUGAGGAGAAAGGGUCUCAACUCCCCAUCAACUGAACAAUCCAAUAUAGUGAAUGAGGCUGAAGCUUCAAAUCCAGAAAAUCAUGUAAACUCUUGCAGGAGGGCUCUAAAUUUCAACUUAGGAAAUGAAGUGACAGGUGAAAGCCAUGAUAGAAAUGAAGUAACAAAGGUAGAAGCACAAAAACACACAGACCAAUCUUUUAAUUUGAACUUGGAUGAUCAAAAUACAACAGUGGCUCUGGGUCUCAACAAGGCACUUACAGCAUCAAUCCAACAUGAACUACAGAAUGGAGGUCAGCAAGCAGAAACUACAAGCAAUUGCAUCUAUACUGCUCCUGAAACGUCUCUUAGUCUGAGUACAAGCUCAGCUACAAGUAAGAGCCAUACAUUGAAUGCCAUUGCUAGAAAUUUGAACAUGCGAAAUGCUAUUUUAUAUCAAAACAGCAGCCAGAAUGGAUACAACCAAGUACAUCAGCUUACCCCUGAAGUGGGUGCAAGCCAAAUUGGAUUUCAAACAAGAACAAUCCAAGGAAAAACUGAUGAUACCAGACAGUCAACAUUGCAGAGCAUUGGUCAAUUGGUGAGAGAUACAGCCAAUAUGAAUGAGAAAAGAGGAUACAAGAGAGACUACUCCCAAAGUUCUGAGUUGACCAAUCCACAAACUAUUGCACUGCUUAGAUCUCAAUUUUUGCACCACAAGAUGUCUCAGACAGGGCAGCCUAAUUUUCAUUGCAGUACACUGCAGAUAGGAUCAGAAGCUCACAAAAAGAGGAAGUCUGAGGGCACACUUUAUGAGAUUAUAACAAGUAUGCCUUCCUGUUUGACAUCUAAUAAAGGUGGCUCAACACAUGUUCAGCAGAGCAGCUUUAUAUCCCAUGCUAAUGACAGAUUAUCAAAUUCAAAUCUUCAUGGCACAAUAACCUGUAAACAAGCAGAGAAUAGGAUGAAUGGGAUUCUGAGCAACCGGCACACAGAUUCCUUGGCUUUGAAGCUUCAUUACCUGAGACAGCGUGCUUCACAUCAAUUGCACUUAGAUACAGAGAAGCAAUGCAUUACAUCUCAUUUGCACCAAAGUAAAGAAAUAGUGGCAAAGCAUAUAUCCAGAGAAGGCACUGAAGUCCAUGGUCGCAAAGCCCUAGCUGCAAGUAGCAACUGGAAUUAUCAGUAUCCAAGUCUCUCACUUUCUGGGUCUCUACAAAGGCAUGAAUCAAGAAUUUCUCCCAGUAUGAUUUCCUCAAGUACAUGGGAACUAGGAAGGGCAUCAUCCAAUCAAACAUCCAGUCCAAAGAAACCUCCUCGAAGAAAGAGCAAGAAUACACAAAGUGACCAACAAGCCUCAACAAAAGCAAGAGGGCUACAUGAGGAAGGGAAGUACCCAGUUACUGUUGAUAUACUUGCUGUCCGGCUGGAGCGCAUGGUUAUCAGUGACAAGGAUGUGGUUCCAAAUGAGCAAAAUGCACUUGUUCCAUACAAAGGAGAUGGUGCAAUUAUACCAUUUGAAGGAUACAAUCUUACUAAAAAGCGAAAGCCACGGCCUAAAGUUGACCUUGACCCAGAGACAAGUAAACUUUGGGACUUAUUGAUGGGGAAGGAAGGAAGUGAAAGCACACAAACAAUGGACAAGGAUAAGGAGAAAUGGUGGGAAGAAGAAAGGGAAGUUUUCCGCGGACGGGCUGACUCAUUUAUUGCAAGAAUGCAUCUUGUUCAAGGAGAUAGACGAUUCUCAAAAUGGAAGGGAUCAGUAGUUGACUCUGUAAUAGGAGUGUUCCUCACACAGAAUGUGUCAGACCAUCUUUCAAGCUCUGCUUUCAUGUCCCUAGCAGCCAGGUUUCCUGUGAAGUCAAGGAGCAUCAAGGAAACAAAUUGCCAAAAUGGGGUAAGUGCAUGGAUUGAGGAACCAGAGAUUCAAGUAAUAGAUCCAGAUGGCACCAUCACAUAUCAUCAGAACAUAAUAAAGCAGCCAGGGUGUGGUCAAAGCUCUCUGACAUCCAGUGAGGCAUCAGAACAUGUAAUAGAAAAUCUGGUGAAAGGAAAGGUCCAUUUGGCAAAUGAGCACCCCAGGAGAACAGAGGAAGAAGUCAUUUCAUCACAAAAUUCUUCUGACUCUUUCAUUCUUCAAGCCAAUGAAGAAAUCAGAUCCAGCUCUGGGUCCAACUCAGAAGCUGAAGAUCAUUUAAGUGAACACAGCCCCAAGAAUAACCAGAGUCAUCUGAUAUUUCCUCAACCUACAGAAUUAACAGCUCCAUUCCAAAAACACCAGAAUAAUAACAUGGGCAGUCCACUAUUUGAAACAAUGAGCUCAAUGCUUGAAUAUCAGCAAUCAGCUAAUCCAGUGUACAACAGACAAAACGUUACAGUGGACAGACAUGGUACUACCUUAGAUUACCAGAUCCAAUCUAAUAUCCAGUGUCAACAAAAUUCAGCAACUACUUCUGGUGAUUUCUGGAUGCCCAUGAAAGAAUACUUGGGAUCAGGGGAAACAACCUUUGAUAGUGUGAGGAAAACCACAUCUUUGCAUUUGACAGCUAAUAAUGUCAACACAGCAAAAACUUCGGAUUACUCUAGCAAAAGCAUGGGGCAUAUGGCAGGACAUAUAAGCACCUCAAAUACCCAAGAAACAGCAUCUCCAAUAAAUCAACCACCAGGACUCCACAAAAAUGCAUUUAUAAACAAGAUGUCAGCACACCAAGUUAAUCCACAACCAGAUUCUCACUCUGCAAACAUCAAGCUGCCCACCUGUCGUGAUCAACAGGAGACAUCCAAGAUCAUUCAACUGGAAACCACCAUCACUGCAGACUCAAAUCCUACUGAAGCCAAUGCUAAAAGACAAUCAGAGUGGCAAAUACAUUCAUCCAGCAAACAAUCUACUGGGAAUGACAUUAGUGCAGCAAAUGCAAGAAAGAGAAAGUCCGAAGGGGACAGGAAGGUGGUAUUUGAUUGGGAUAGCUUGAGAAGGCAAGUUCAAUCUAGGGGCGAAAGAAAAGAAAGAAGUAAGAACACAAUGGACUCAAUUGAUUAUGAAGCAAUUCGCUGUGCAGAGGUCAAGGAGAUCUCAGAUGCUAUCAGGGAAAGAGGAAUGAACAACAUGCUAGCUGAGCGAAUCCAGGACUUCCUCAACCGUAUGGUUAGAGAUCAUGGAAGUAUAGACCUAGAAUGGUUAAGAGAUGUGCCACCUGACAAAGCAAAGGAAUAUCUAUUAAGUAUACGAGGACUGGGUCUGAAAAGUGUGGAGUGUGUAAGGCUAUUAACACUACACAAUCUUGCUUUCCCGGUUGAUACAAAUGUUGGAAGGAUUGCUGUUCGGUUGGGGUGGGUCCCCCUUCAACCACUUCCUGAGUCACUCCAGUUACAUCUUCUUGAGUUGUACCCAGUGCUGGAGACAAUUCAGAAGUAUAUAUGGCCCAGACUCUGCAAGCUGGAUCAGAAAACACUGUAUGAGCUACACUAUCAAAUGAUUACAUUUGGAAAGGUUUUCUGCACAAAAAGCAAACCAAAUUGUAAUGCAUGUCCAAUGAGAGCAGAAUGUCGACAUUUUGCAAGUGCUUUUGCAAGCGCGAGGCUUGCUCUUCCUGGACCAGAAGAGAAAGGUAUGGUUAGUGCAAGUCUACCCAUCUCAGCCAACAGUAAUCCUGCUGCAGCAUUCAAGCAAAUGCCUCUUCUCCCAGGAAGGUCAGAAGGAAUAAGUGUUGUAGGUUCACCUGGUGCAGUUGAAGCUGGCAUUAUCCCUGCUUUCUUGAGCAAGCCUAUGCCACAACCUCCACAGAUAACUAGUGUAAACAGAGAAGUAGGAGAACUCAUUACUAGCAACUGUGAACCUAUUAUUGAGGAACCAGCAUCACCUGAACCAUUGCCAGAAGUAUCAACAAGUGACAUUGAGGAUGCAUUCUAUGAAGAUCCUGAUGAUAUCCCUACAAUCGAGCUCAACAUGAAAGAAUUCACAACAAAUCUGCAGGCUAUCUUGCAAGAGCAAAAUUUGGGAAUGCAAGACGGUGAUCUGUCCAAAGCUUUAAUUACUUUGAAACCAGAUGCGGCUUCCAUCCCGACACCCAAACUAAAAAACAUUAGUCAUCUGCGGACGGAGCACCAAGUGUAUGAACUUCCAGAUUUGCAUCCACUGCUUGAAGGGCUGGAUAGACGUGAACCUGAUGAUCCAACUCCAUACCUUCUAGCUAUAUGGACACCAGGUGAAACUGCCAAUUCAAUUCAGCCACCUGAAACAAAGUGCAAUGCCCAAGCAUCAGGUAGAUUGUGCAAUGAAAAAACAUGUUACUCAUGUAACAGUGUAAGGGAAGCCGAUUCACAAACAGUUAGAGGCACUCUUCUGAUACCAUGCCGAACAGCAACAAGAGGGAGCUUCCCACUCAAUGGCACAUAUUUCCAAGUGAAUGAGGUAUUUGCUGAUCAUGAUUCCAGUCUUAAUCCAAUUGAUGUUCCAAGACGGAUGAUAUGGUACCUGCCAAGAAGGACAGUCUACUUUGGGACUUCUGUCUCCACAAUUUUUAAAGGCUUGUCAACUGAACAAAUUCAACAGUGUUUCUGGAAAGGAUUUGUCUGUGUCAGGGGAUUUGAUCAUAAAACAAGAGCACCGCGACCACUCAUGGCCAGACUACACUUCCCAGCAAGCAGGUUGGUCAAGAAUAAAAAUGAAACCCGAAAGAAGGAUGUUUCUGCUGCAGAGAGGAUUAAUAAAUAGGGAGCUAACCAAGGCCUGCUAAGUCAAAGACAACAGAUUGUUCCUAGGGUAGAAGUUUGAUUACUAACAAAUUGUUGUACAUUCAAUUAUUUCUUGCCUUAACAGGACAUGUGAUUUUACAUGUAAUACCUAGCAGCAGAAAUCAUACAUGUUUCUUGGCAAGGCCCCUUCACAAAAGGGCAUGAUGUAUAAAUAAGCAAUUUGUAUAAUUUCAUUCAUGCUCACAAAGUGAGCCAUUUUUCAGGAAUGACAGAUACCAAAGGAGAGAGAGAUAUAGAGAGUAACAACUUUGAUCUGUACUGUAUAUUGCCCCUAUACAAAUGUAUGAAUUGGAGUUUUUUAAGAA